CUCACAUCUCUCAAUCUCAUUGUAAUACAUCUUUCGCCAUCGACUUGCAUGCUGCGCUUUCCUCUAGAUUGAUACCCUAUCGACACAUCGGUUAGCACCAUGGCUGCUAAUACUAGAUAUGAGCCAGCUCCUCAGCGGGACUCGUUUGAGGACCGCGCAUACACUCAGCCCCCGCCAUCUUAUCAGGCAACGGCCGAAUACUCCCAAGCGCCUCGCAGUGAGGACGACAAUGUUCCCGAUGACUUCAAAUUCGGUGGAAUGGUCGCAGAAGGAACGUUACCUAUCCGGAUGCAAUUCGUCCGAAAGGUCUAUGCCAUCCUAACCGCCCAGCUCCUUCUAACAACCAUUAUGAGCUCGAUCUCCUUCUUCAGCGACAGCUACCGCCUAUGGAUCCAGUCCAACUUCUGGCUGAUGAUCGUCUCAGUCUUUGGUGCCUUGGGUUUCAUGCUCGUAACAUACUGGAAGCGCAAGAGCUACCCGGCAAACCUUCUUUUCCUGACAGCCUUCACGGUUCUCGAGGCCUACUCCAUCAGUGUCGUGACGUCCUUCUAUGACGCGCGCAUCGUAGUGCAAGCCCUUAUCCUGACGCUCGGCAUGUUCGUUGCGCUCACGCUCUUCGCAUGCCAGACGAAGUACGAUUUCACGAACUGGAUGCCGUACCUGUUUGGUGCGCUCUGGUUCUUGAUCCUGUUCGGCUUCGUGGCUGCGUUCCUCCCGAACAGUUCUACCGUUGAGCUCAUCUACAGCGGGCUGGCGGCGUUAAUCUUCUCCGGUUAUAUUCUUGUUGACACGCAGUUAAUUAUGAGACACUACCAUGUUGAGGAGGAGAUUGCCGCAAGCAUCUCGCUUUACUUGGAUAUUCUGAACCUGUUCCUGGCUAUCCUCCGGAUCCUUAACAACCAGCAAAACAACUAAACCUGUGUAUUAAAGUUGGUUGUUUGUGAGCGAACCCGGCUGGGAAGACAAAUUGUGUCGCAGUUGCUGAUUAUCUGAUGAAGAUGACUUAAUUGUAUCCUGCCGUCAAAUUGGGCUUGUUUCCAUAUGUCUAAUAACCAUGCUAGGUCUUUUUGCCCUUGACUUAGCCCUGUUUCUGGCGCUCUAGUUUUUUUUUUUUUUUCUGCUGCUAUAUGUGAUAUACUAUAUUUUAGCUUGUGCUCUGGAGCUUUGAAUUAUUGGUAAUUGACAAUGUCAUCUAAAA